AUGCUUACCAAAAGAACACUACCGCUGCGUAUCCUAUUUCCGUGCAGACGAAUUUCGAGCGAUGUUUCUCGACCGGCACAGCCCUUGAACGUGCUCUUCUUUGGCAGCGACACGUUCAGCAACUUCUCUUUGCAGGCGCUCAACGAACUACGCCAAACAAAUGGCGACCACGUCGUUGGAAAGAUCCAAGUGGUGACCAGGUCGCCCAAGUGGUGCGGUAGACAGAAGUCUAUUUUGAAAUACCCGCCCAUCUUCGACAUGGCCAGCAAACUCCAGUUGCCACGCCCGAUUACAUGCGACACCAAACAGGACAUGCUAGCGCUGGGCAAGUUGACCAGUCACAGCCGCCCAGGGAGCUCUGCGGACGGCGGCCCGUUCAACGCGAUCAUUGCGGUCUCGUUCGGGAAGUUGAUUCCGGGGGACCUAAUCCGUGCGGUGCCGCUGGCACUGAACGUUCAUCCAUCGCUGUUGCCCAGACACAAGGGCAGCGCACCGAUCCAGCGCGCGCUGCUGGAGGGCGACCUGUGCACGGGAGUGACUGUGCAGACGCUGCACCCGGACCGAUUUGACCACGGCGCCAUCGUGGCACAGACGAAGCCGCU